UUAUGUUGGUGUUUCCUUUAUUAUGGCACUUACCUGUACAAUACUGCACUUAAAUAUAUAAUGCACCUUAUAAUAAUGUACCUACUGGACAAAAUGUAUAAUAUUAGUCAAUAGGUGUCUUCUAUAGACUAAUAGUAUCUUCAAUUUAGUCGCAAAUGACAGCUGUGUACUCACUGUUCAGAUUGACUCAACAACUGAUCUUAGUCUGAUGUAUAAACACUACAGACAUCCAUUUACUGGUCAAAGGUGUCAGCAUUGCAAAUUCAAAAUGCUCCAGAUGUCUUGCAAUAAUAACAUGUAUCAGACAUGUUUAUGUACCCAUUAGAUUAGGCUUCUUUGUCAUCUGAGUUGGCGUGGUUGCUUUUCACUAGCAAAGAGAUAUCCUGGUCAUAAAUAUGGAUGGACUUUGCUCUCUCUCUCGAAUUAGAAUUUAAGAGAGAGGGGGGAUAGAGCGAGGGAGAGGAAACCGAGGGGAAACGAGAACUAAACUCUGUCAUAUAAUCCUGAAUUAGUCUGACUGGUUGGUUGAAUCUGAUUCCACAGUAGCAGGUUCUCACAGAUAGAAUCAUCAUGUUGACUAGGGCUUGCCUGAGGAAAAUGAAACCAAACUCUCCAUACUUAGACAACUUUCUCAACACUGGUGAACAUCCUGAGGAUCAAAUAACAUAUGUGAUGUUCCAUGGCACCUCAGUAGAGGCUGCAGAGCUGAUUAAGAAGAAUGGCUUCAUACUAUCAAGAGCAGAUAUCAGCAUGCUUGGUGCUGGUGUUUAUGUUACACGGGACAUUCAAAAAGCCUGUAAAUACCCUCUUGGUGUUUCCAACUCUAAGAGAAGAGUACUAAAAGUCAGAGUGGAUGUAGGGAAGGUUAAGAUCAUAGACCAGCAGGAUCACCCCAUGCAGAAGACCUGGCAUACCGAGCAUGGAUAUGACACGGCCUGGGUUCCACCAGGUGUCGAUAUGGUAGAAAGCAACCGACAGGAGAACUGUGUCUACGACCCAAAGAGAAUCAAAGUCAUGGAGGUCAUGAAAGUAAACAAAAAGACCAUAUCUAGAUACCGUCAUCUACAGAGUGGAGUCACCCCUGAGGACAGCCAUGUCUAUGUGAUGUAUCAUGGAACAUCAAAACAGAUUGCUGUGAAAAUACAGAGAAAUGGCUUCACACCAUCUAGAGUUGGCAUGCUUGGUGCCGGUGUUUACCUCAGUCGAGACAUCCGAAAAGUCAUUAGAUACCCCAUUGGAGCCGAUGACUCAGACAAGAUGGUUCUGAAAGUGAAGGUGGAUGUUGGCAAGGUUAAGAUCAUUAACAAACAGGGUCACGACAUGCAAUACAACUGGCACACUAAGCAUGGGUAUGACACUGCCUGGGUUCCACCUGGUGUUGGCAUGGUGAAUAGCGACCAAGAGGAGGACUGUGUUUUCGACCCGAAGAGAAUCACAGUGCUGACAAUGCUGAAAGUGUCCACCAUGAAAAUGUUAAACCCGUCACUGUAGAACUGAUGGCGUUCUGCAUUCAGUGGGAGCAUCCAGCAUAACCUCAUGGUCAUCAGAAGAGGAUGGUUAGAAUCAGACAGACCCACAUGAUGCAGUUCAUAGGAAGAAGAAGCUAUAUUUUGCAGGCCCACAAGAUGAUUUCACAUGUCAAUCUAUAUGCAAUCAAUCAUUUAACCUCAUCAUAUCAAAUAUUCAUAUUUACGUGAUGUAAAUAAUGCAUGUGUAACAAUGAUCCUUGUUCCUAAAAUAAAUCUCAAAUAAACAAG